GGGGGGGGGGGGGGGGGGGGGUGUCUGUACUAACUGAGAGGAAACUCCUGCAAAGAGCCGACUAAACUGCACCUGAAAAUGCUCCCUGCGAAAUCAAACGGGGGUCGUCAGCAACUCCUCGAACGUGGAAGUAAAGAAGAAGUGCAUGGAAUGAAACUAAUGUUCAACUGCAAACAUGUCUACAGAUUCGUCUAUAACAUGUUGCAGUUCUGCGGUCACUCCUGGAUCCUGACAAACAUUAUUGCCAGGUUUAUUACAUUUGGUAAAGAUGCCAUGGCGGACACAUUUCACUCCGUCUCCUUGGUGAUGGGUCUCUGCCAGAUGUUUUCCAUCCUGGAGCUUUUCCACAUCGCAGACAGGAUUGAGAAAGCCAGGCUCCUCCCACGCUUCAUCCAUGUGUUGGAGAAGAAUGUGCUGCUGGUAAUACUGGUCAAACUGGAGGACGUGCAGAGUAAACCUGUUGUGUCUGUGCUGUUCUUCUCAUGGAACCUUCUGGACAUGCUACGGUACCCAUAUGAGGUGAUGUGUGUGAUGUCCAAACCCUCCCCGCUCAUGUUGUGGUCCCGGUACACACUCUGGAUCCCUUUAUACGUGGUGACAGUGGUCAUAGAAGGUUUCACAAUUUAUGAGGUGAUGCUGUACCUGGGACCAGAAGUCCCGUGCCCGCCUUUGCAGGAUUCAGCAGAGUUCAUGGAUACCCGUGACUCCGUGGACCUCAUGCUAUACCUGUCCCUUCUGGUUUUAGGUGCGACUGUAUCGCUGUGGCAGCUGGUCAAGGAGAGACGCUACCAAAUGGACAAAUGGAGCAACAAGUUGAAAAAAAAAUGAUGCUUUUAUUGAAGAACACUUCCCCUAGAGUUUAUUUUCUAUACACAGAUGACUUUACAUUGCGUGUGAGUAUCGUGACCUUUAUGGAAAUGACAGAACUGAGCAGCAUUCGGUUUGUGAAGGAGUUCCGGUUUACACUCGGUGAAAUAAAAUGUCUGAACUUCGACUGUCUCCAUGUUAUUAAGGACAGUAGUGAGGAUGUCGGAGCUCCUUCUAACUACCACCCAUAGGCUCUGGUCCACACAGUUUUCUUCUUGAACUCGGCAGAUGACUUCAGAGACAACAGAGCAGCUGAAACGACAACGAAGACUGUCAGAAAAACCACAAUAAUAAGAGGAGUCUACGUUGCUGCCAGUAUACAGUGUCCUUGUGAACAUAUGGAGAAGGUAUGUUUAAGGUACUGGGGGUUUUGAAGCUAAUCUUUACAUCAUUUUACCAGAAGACAGGUAUCUGUUUUAAAUGCACUUGUGCAGUCCUGUUUACAUUUAACUGUAUAUAAUGUGUUUCCAUUCCUAAUUAAAAAAGAUCUUUCCCCCACUGCA